GACCGCCUGCUGCGUUAUACAGCUUAUAUCCAAGUUAACAGUGAAUCAUAAAUCAUGUUCGACAUAAGGAAUAAAGUCGUGUUAAUAACGGGAGGAUCUAUAGGCAUUGGUGCUAAAGUUAUUGAGUUUUUACUGGAUGAAAAUGUGAAGCAUGUGGCAAAUCUGGACAUUGCAGAGGACAAAGGUAUCGCAUUACAGAAUCAAUUAAACAAGAAGUACGGAGCGAAUAAGGUCAAGUUCAUAAAGGGAGAUGUCACAAAUCAGGAUGAUUUAUAUGGAGCGUAUCAGACUACAAUCAAGGAUCACGGAUAUAUUGACAUAGUUAUAAACAACGCUGGCAUCAUGAAUGACGCCAAGGAUAAAUAUAAGAAGGAGAUUGAAAUCAAUGUGACUGCACUAGUGUCAAGUACGCUGAAGGCUAGGGACUUGAUGCGAAAAGACGAGGGCGGCAAGGGAGGUGUAGUGAUGAACAUGUCUUCCAUCGCAGCUCUGCAUCAAGAUCCUUUGCUUCCUAUCUAUUUUGGUACGAAGAGCGCUGUCUUACAGUUCAGUAAUUGCAUUGGGCUGCCUGAAUACUACGACAGAACUGGAGUUCGUGUGCUAGUAAUUUGCUUUGGUGCCACCGAUACCUCACUCUUGACCAAAGAGAAAUUGGGAAAUUUUGACAAAGUAAUCGAAAAAAAGAUGUUGGAUAAUAUAUCUAACCACCGUUUACAAAAGGCUGAGUCGGCAGCACGCGGGGUAGUGGACGCGAUAAAACAGGGUGAGAGUGGAAGUACUUGGCUAUCAAUCGCUGACAAACCCGUAAAAGAUGUUACGAGCACUAUCAAGAAAGCCUACGGUAUCCUUAGUGAGCUUGUGUACGAAUAAUGACAAAAAUAAUAACAUACCAAA